UUUUUUUUACUAUGCUCAAUGUUGUUGUUGAAUUAUCGUUCAGUAAUUUUUAAUCUAUUUGAAAUUGCCGGGCUCGUGUUUUAUUUUUUAAUAAAAAUAUUUUUAUAAAACAGUUCAGAAUUCGUUUUUUAUGUAUCUAAAAAAAAUCUUUCACCAUCUACGCUAAGUUAUUCAUGUCUCGCUUAACAACGGCACAGAAUGUGAAUUAUCACUUGAACUACUGAACUUGAACGACUACCGACUUUGUGUUUGCCACUGGCUCAUUUUUUAUUUCAUCCUGUCUUCAGUUCAGAGAGUUUAGCUGAUCUAAUUUUGUUGAGAAUGAACGAUUUGCUUUGCAAACUUCUUCGACUUGGUCAUCAUCCAGUCGUAAAAUACAGAAAAAAAUAUCUCUUUGCCAAUAAGCAAGUCCCUCAAACUUUCAUUGCACUCAAACAACUUAGCAGUAACAAUGGCUCCUUCUCCAACAAUGAUAAAAAAUUGAAUAACGGUAGUGAUAACACUACCAACAAAAAUAAUACCAAUGGUGAAGAUGUGGCCAAACAGCAAAACUUAUCGUUCGAAGACAUGCAGCCAAUAACGAAGAAAGAAAUAAUUAAGUUCCUCACAAAAAUGAACUUAGCAUACAGCGAAGGUUUCACAUGCAUUGUAACGUCCUGCUUGAGACAUUGCAGGAGUAAGAUGAAGCUGGAAAAACUUGAUCAACUCUACGUCAACUCGACUACAGGUUUUUUUGUGUGCCAGAGUUGCAAUAAGUGCGGUUCUUGGAGCGAGCUCGUUGAGAACAUGCACCAUCUGGAGAUCAGUCUAAAUGCUAAGAAAAAGUUGCCCGCGUGUUUCACUCAUGACUCCAAAGUUGAAGACAUCCUAGCAGGUGCUGGUUCAGUUAAAGCCCAGCAACUAUAUGAACAAUCCCUUGCUAUUGCAGAUUGUGAGCAAGGGAAGGAUCUAAAAAUAGAAACAUUAAAGAGGUACAACAUUCGAUUGGAUGCUGACUACACCAAACUCAUUCUCCCAUUGGUUGGAUUCAAAAAUAAGGUCGUCGGGGUUAAGGUCAUUGAAAGAUCCAAUGGCAACAAACCAGAAAGGGCCAAUAAUAAUAAUAAUAAUAAUAAUAAUAAUAAUAAUAAUAAUAAUAAUAAUAAUAAUAAUAAUAAUAAUAAUAAUAAUAAUAAUAAUAAUAAUAAUAACACUAUCUCUGAAACUUACAGCACAAAAAUUAUUCCAAAAACUGAUUGCUGUGGCAUAUUCGGUUGGAAUCUGCUGUCUCAAUCACUUUCAUCAUCAUCAUCUUCAUCGUCGUCGUCAUCAUCAUCACCUGACGUCAUCUUGACGUGCAAUGAAGUUGAUUGCAUGAUAUGUCAGCAGGAGACAGGCAAGUUGUGCAUCAGUCUUUCUAAGGAGGAUUCUGUUCUGCCUCAAAAGGUUCUUCCAUUGUUGGAGUCAGUCCCAAAGUUGUUGAUCUACUUCGGCGGGGAUGGCAACAAAUGGAGCAAUGCCAGGCAGUUUGCCAAGAAGCUCAACGUAAAAAGAUGCCAGCUUAUUAGACCAGAUGACAAACACCCAUCAGCUCAUGAGGCCGUUAAAAAAAACCUUCCAUUGAGAAAAAUCUUCCAAUCAGCCAAGUCUAUUGAACAUCAAUCUAUCAUCACAUUUCAAAAUAUCAGACGGGAUCUCUACCUAGAACUCUCUGAUGUUCAACAUUCAACUGGCGUUCAAUGGCACAGAUUUCCUCAGUUGAACAGCAUAUUGAAGGGGCAUAGAAGGGGUGAACUGACAAUCUUCACAGGGCCUACCGGAUCGGGCAAGACAACAUUCAUCAGUGACUAUUCGCUGGAUCUCUGCAUGCAAGGGGUGAAUACACUGUGGGGAAGCUUUGAGAUUAACAAUGUUAGAUUAGUCAAGACGAUGCUCACGCAGUUUGCAAUGUUAAACCUAUCGAAGAACUUGGAGAAGUUUGAUUACUACGCAGACAGGUUCGAGCAGCUGCCCAUGUACUUCAUGACCUUUCACGGACAGGAGAACAUCAAGAAAGUCAUCGAGACCAUGUCGCACGCUGUCUACGUUCACGACAUCUCACACGUCGUCGUCGACAACCUGCAAUUCAUGCUCGGACUGGAAGAUUCCAUCAUGUCGCCGUCCCCCUCGUCGAAUGCGAACUUCUUGAAGUUCGUCGACAAGUUCUACAGGCAGGAUUUGGUGGUGGCUGCCUUCAGAAAGUUCGCCACCCACAUGAACUGUCACGUGACGCUUGUCAUUCAUCCGAGAAAGGAAAAGGAUAGUGACGAACUGUCAGUCUCAUCGAUCUUUGGAAGUGCCAAGGUGAGCCAGGAAGCAGAUAACAUCAUCAUACUCCAGGACAAGAGGCUGACCAGCGUCAGGGGAAGGAAGUACAUACAGGUAGCGAAGAACAGAUUUGAUGGUGAGUUGGGCCUGAUGUUGCUGAAGUUUGAUAAGGAUUCCCUCAGCUUCAGUAUGAGGAAUUCAAGAAAUAAAGAACUUUUAUCGCCACCACAACAUCCAACAACUACAUCACCAUCUUCAUCAUCACCGUUAUCAUCCACUCCAUCCUCAUCACCAUCCGAGUUAUCGUCAUCAUUGACAAAUCAGCCACUGGAAACAUGA